GAUAAGGGGCUGUUUGCUUUUCACUCCUUGAUAUCAUUUACUACAGUGUCAAUCACUCUAUGUAUCUUUGGCAUGGAGCUGCUAAACGAAACGGAAAUAAAAAAAGUUGUUAAACAGUGGUAUUGUGAAAAAUACGACUCUUUGGAAUAUAACAUAGAAAAUUACUCUGAUGAAAUUGUUGGGCAUUUGGGUGAACAUUUAAGUUUAAAAAUAAAUGUUUAUUGCAAUAAUACAUGCUAUAAGUAUAGUUUGUUUGUUAAGUGUAUUCCAAGAUUUGAUCACUUCAAAGCUGAAUAUCUCAGAGAAACAAAAUUCUUUGCCAAAGAGUUCACGUUGUUAAACUCAUUGUUUACGCUAUUUAAAGAAUACGAAGGAAAUAAAAAAUGGCGCCCAAAACCUGUGUACUUAAAAGAGGAAGUAUUUGUAUUUGAAGAUGUAACCCAAAUCGGUUACACGAUGCGUGAUCCUCAAACUGCACUCUCGUUUGAAGACAUGGUUGCUGCCGUUGAAGCUGCCGCAAGAUUUCAUGCGCAAUCCUUUAUCUUUGAACAUAAAAAAUCUAAAGAAUUGAAACGGCCCUAUUCCAUUUGGGAGAAUUAUAGUGUAUACCUGGUAGAGCCCACAUUCUUAGCCUGGCGGGAUGCCGGCAAGCAUGCAGUAAUUGAUUUUCUUAAAACUUUUUCCGCAUAUAGAAAUAAUCCAGGAUUCUCCGAACUGCUGGCUGAUCGAAUUUCUCUUGUGUUCAACAGGGCACUCGAUGCUAUGAAACCAAGCAAUGAAUUCAGAAACGUCGUAAUUCACCGAGAUUUAUGGUCAAACAAUAUCUUCUUUAAAAGGUUGGAGAGUGGGAAGUUACACGCUCUCAUAGUUGACUUUCAAACGGCCUUAUAUUCCACACCCACGCAUGACCUUACGUCUAUGAUGUAUUUUAAUACCUCUAAGGAGUUUCGAACUCUUUACUCUGACGAAGUUCAAGAGUAUUACUAUUCAUUUUUACAAGAAUCGCUUGCUUGCGAACAUUUAAGUAUUGGUGAUUAUAUUCCCAAAGAGGAACUUGGAAGACUUUACGAAGCAAGCACUUUGUUUGGUAUUGUCCAGGCGGCGUUAAUAGUUCCCAUCACGCAUAUGUCUUUUAACAAGAUAAAGGAAUAUUGCGAUACUCCCGAGAAGAACCAUAAGUUUAAUUCGAUUUCUCGUAGUGACUGUUUUAUAGAAUUUGCAAAAGAAAACGUGGAAUACCGAAAUGUUGUUAUUGCUCUAUUAGAUGAAAUUGUUGAAAGAUAUGUUCUUGUAGAUCAGUUGAACGAUGAUGCUGAGAGGAGAUAAA